AUGCUGCUAGGCGCGUGCUACAGCGCCGAGCCACCCGACAAGGCGCACCGCGGCCACGUGCUGCACGCGGGGGCGGCCGCCGCCUCGCCGCCCCCGCAGCCGGGCCUGCUGCAGCCGCCGCCGGCCGCCCCCGCGCCCUCGUCAGCCGGGGGCGGCAGCAGCAGCGGGGGUGGCAGCUCGCUCUUCACCAUCGACAGCAUCCUUGCGCCGAGGCCCGCACCGCGGCCGCCCCCACCGCCCCCGCACCAACAGCAGCAGCAGCAGCCGCCGCCGCCGGCGCCUCGCCUGCAGCACGCCGUCCUGCCGCCCCCACUGCACCUCGGGCAUCUCGGCUUCGCGCCCGCCUCCACCGCGGACUUUCUCGCGGUGGCGUACCCCGGCCUGUACCCGGGCUCGGCGGCGGCGGCGGCCGGCUACGUGAACGCGGCGGCGGCGGCGGCCGCUGCUCGCAAGCGCCGCCACCGCACCAUCUUCACCGAGGAGCAGCUGGAGCAGCUGGAGGCGACGUUCGACAAGACGCACUACCCGGACGUGGUGCUGCGCGAGCAGCUCGCCCUCAAGGUCGACCUCAAGGAGGAGCGCGUCGAGGACGCAGCGGCGCCGGACGAGACGAGGACGCAAAGGCCAGCUCGCGCGCUGUCCGCGUAA